AUAAAACGCUAUGUGCGUGUGUUUAUGUGUGUGUGUGUGUUUCUAUGUGCUAUUCAAGAAAGCCCCAAAAAUGAUUCUGUAUAUCUAGGAACGAACAGAUGCAGACUAGCUUUAGGCUUUUCUGCCACGUGCACGCCACCGAGCACCGUACACCACCGUAAUCGUUGCUGAUUACGUUAAAACUCGCAUGGCAUAAUGCUUGCUUUUUGAUUGGUCAACUAUAAGCUUUGUUUUUGUACGCCAAGCCAAGUUAUCAUGUGUCCAAAGCUUAAUGACGUAGGUCAUUAUUUGUGUUAUUGAACGUGUUAACAGUAACUAGCUAGCCUACACUGUCAACAGGUUCACCCUGUAGUGAUGCAUCAAAACAAUACCGUCCAAUCAGCGUAAUGAAGUUGGUAACAUUGGUGUCAGCAGAAGAGACCUAUUUUUAACUGUAGAAAGCUCCUCGCCUCAGGUUAUAUAGGCUGGUCCUCAGACCAGAGAGAGCUGUCUCCAUCUCCAAAGGGACACAGUAGACCAGUUUGUCCACAGCGAAGUGAUGGAUGUCGGAGCCAGGGACGGCGAGGGACCGCUGCUGCGCAACAUCUGAUCGCCAGCCAAGGGAGGGGCAUUCACUCCGAACCUAAUCCCAGAUGCAACAUCCAGCCUUUCAGCAAAACCCAAAUCUCUACGGACCGUUGCGAUAUGAAGUAGAUAUCACGCGCAUAAGAGCGAGGGGAGGAGGGGGGCAGGCACAGGCUGGACCGCAGCUGCUCCGCUUUCGCAAAGUUCUCCUCGUUGACACCGGGGUGAGAAAGAAAUAGAACAUACAGAAGAGAGAGCGAGGAGUCCGGUUGAGUGAAAGGGACAUUUUCCUAGAGGCUACCAGUGUUUGGGGCAACACAGCGCAUAUAUAUAUAGAGAGAGCCCCCUCUCCAGCUCUCCUCUCCGUCACUUUCGAGCUCUUUUCAGACCUACGAGGAGCAUAAUGGCGAAAAUGAGGGUGUCAUACGAGUACUCGGAGGCGGAGGAUAAGAGUAUCCGACUAGGACUGUUCCUCAUCGUCUGUGGCAUCCUGUCCCUCUUUAUCCUCGGGUUCUGCUGGCUCAGUCCAACUCUACAGAGCAUGCAGAGCAAACCGGCCAACUGCACGGUGGUGUCCGUGCUCAGACCGGAGGAGAUGUUCGAGUGCGUGUUCACGUGCGGGUCGGACUGCAAGGGGACCUCGCUGUAUCCGUGUCUGCAGAUAUUCGUCAAUAAUUCCCAGUCGAACUCCGUGGCUCUGCUGCACUUUGAUGAACAGCAACUGGUGCUGAACCCAAAGUGCUCGUACGUUCCUCCAUGUGAGAGGGACAACCAGAAGAACAAGGACAAUGUUCUGUGGUGGGAGGACUACUGGACUAAAGAGGUCAGCUCCCAAUCCUUCACCUGUUUCUUCAACCAGCAGAGAAGGCCUGACGACGUACUGUGGCGGCGCUCCCACGAUGCCAGCGUCCUCCUCCACUGCGUCCUGUGGCCCAUGGUGAGCCUGCUGGUGGGCACCCUCAUCGUCCUUCUCACCGUGUGCGCCCGCAGCCUGGCCGUGCGCGCCGAGGCCAUCCAAAAGAGGAAGUGCUCGUACGAGCCGGCAGGCAACUCAGAGCAGGGCAAGACGCCGCCCAACACCAACACCGCCUCCUUCCGGACCCUGCCGAUGUUCGCUGUCCCUGUCCGACGCAGAGACCGGGAACAGGAACACUAGAUGGAUGGAUGGAUGGAUGGAUGAUGACUGUGGUCUCAGUGGUGGCUGUUGUGUGAUGAGGACCUCAUAAAAGCGUGGAAUGUUUGCACUUCCAAUUAUGACUGUUCUGAACACUCUCAUUCCGCUGGACUUGACUGGACUCGAGGCUCAUGCACCAGAAAUGCUUGUCUGUCUUGUCUUGGUGUGUUUGCCUACUUGUGUAAGAGCCAUUUUGUCAGUUCAACUCUCAGCUGGUGGGGGCCUUUUCUAAUGCUAUGUGUAUUACAAUGUGUUGGUUAUGUCUAUGAAGAAGAAAAAAUCCAAAAAGGACAAUGCCGCUUUCUGUCACUGGUCAUGUUUUGGACAGGUCUGUGUUACGUGUUGAGCCUCUGUGUCUCUGUGCUGAUUGUAAUGUUGUUUGCGUUUACUUCACUAGCUGAGCUCGGUCUCAAAGUUCAGAGUUCACUGACUUACAAACAGGAAAUGUCUGUGACCUUUGAACGCUCUUUAACUAGACUCUUCAUUACAAACCCCUGGUCGUAUGAAAGGAGGGAUUGUGAGGGCGUCCCGGCCAGGACCACCUGAGAAGAAUCUUCAACACCAGUUACACAAAAUGUCAAUGCUUUGUUUAGAGAGAAUGUGGUGAAAGGAAUUCUGGGAGAGUCCUUCUAAUCCCUGGGACUACAGAGCCAGAAGCAGACCUUGGUCUGAUCACCCUCAGCAUGAUGUACUGUCUUCUUCUCUGGGUGGUAUUAGGAAGUGUUUAAAUGCCUAUCUCACUGUUACUGUUCUUGAACACCCCGGGCCAGGAUUUAAACAAAUCGCAACAAUGCGUAUAUUACUUUUAAAGGCAUAUUGCGGUUUGUUUUGAUCCGGUUCCCCCUCUCUCCUCUCUGUACCACCUGCCUUUUACUAAACCUGUUUCUAACAAGGCUUCUUUAAGGCAUCUGUCCAACUACAGCCAACCCAACCGCCAUGGAUGGAAUAUGUCUGUUGUUCGUUUUCAGUUGGUUGCCGCAGGACAUGUUUGAACCUAUUUUGUCCCGAUUCAAUAUGUAGAAUGGGCCACGGACAGUUGGUCUGGGUUCGGGACAAAACUUGGGAUAGGUAGUUUGUCUGUGGUUGGAUAGAUGUGCAGAUGCCUUGACUGUAGCAACUUCCUCUGCAGUCUGUCUUCUGUCUUACCUUCUGUCAGUUAGUGGUUUUAGUUUUUUUACGAUGCAAAUUGAAUGGUUUUCUUACCACAGUAGCAGACUUUUGCACCGUUUUGAAUAGUUUGUCGUCUGUAUGUGUUACCGUAAGCUCUCCGAUUGGUUUGAACAGUUAGUACCUCCAGUUAGUGUUUUCCAUCGAUUGGAUAAAAAAAAGAAAGCUGAUCUGACUAAAAAUCGUUAGACCUACCUACCUUGCUCCAAGAAAAGGUUUGCUCUCUCAAUUGCAUUAAUCGGACGUACAGAAGUUUUUACUUGUGUAUUUUCUACAAAAGAAGUAGCUAAGACAUUGUUGUCCUUUGCUAAAAGAUGAAUGAUAUUUCAUACAUAAAGCCAUAUGCUGAACAUGUGAUUGCAGUAAGAGACAGCUCUAGGGGAGGUCAUGUUUCUCAGUCCUCUUAGAAUAGGAGCUGUAACAGUUGUACUAAACAAACAUAUUUUGUGUUGGAAAGAGAAUGUUUUUUAAAAAGCCAAUCCAUUAAAACGUCUGCUGCAUAAUGAUGA